UGAAUGGUAGCAGGGCUGAUAAACCCCCAGGCUUUUCCUGCUGCUCGACAUCACUCUGCUUUGCUCUGUGUGUGUUUGUGUGUUUAUCUAUGUUUGUUUGAAAGAAAGCAAAAGCGUUUGAACACUGGCGAGAGGGAGGACAUCUCUGACACUACAAGAAGAUGGAUGCUGCUGAAUUCAGAAGGCGUGGGAAAGAGAUGGUGGAUUACGUGGCCGAUUAUUUAGAGAACAUUGAGAAGAGACAGGUUUAUCCUGAUGUGGAGCCUGGAUAUUUGAAAUCACUGAUUCCUGAGGAGGCACCGGAGGAGCCAGAGAGUUAUGAGGAUGUGGUCAAAGACAUUGAGAGGGUGAUCAUGCCAGGGGUGACUCAUUGGCACAGCCCAUACUUUUAUGCGUAUUUCCCUACUGCCAACUCUUUUCCUGCAAUGCUGGCAGAUAUGUUGUGUGGGGCAAUUGGUUGCAUUGGAUUCUCUUGGGCAGCGAGUCCGGCCUGUACAGAGUUGGAGACAGUGAUGCUGGACUGGCUGGGAAAGAUGCUGAAGCUACCAGAUGAUUUUCUCGCUGGCACAGAGGGCAGAGGUGGAGGAGUCAUCCAGGGCACUGCCAGUGAAGCCACGCUCGUAGCUCUUCUGGCAGCUCGCUCCAGAAUCAUCAGACUCAUCAAGUCUAACCAGCCCGACCGAUCCGAGACAGACAUCAUAUCCAAACUAGUUGCUUACUCUUCUGACCAGGCUCAUUCAUCAGUUGAGAGAGCAGGGCUAAUUGCUGGAGUGACAAUGAAGAAAAUUUCCACAGACAGUAAAUUUGCUGUGCGAGGAGACGCCUUACAAAGAGUUCUACAAGAGGACAGAGCUGCAGGACUCGUACCAUUUUUUUUUUGUGCAACGUUGGGAACGACACCAUCCUGUGCAUUUGACUGCAUCACUGAGCUUGGUCCUAUUUGUAAAGCGGAGAAUAUCUGGAUGCACAUUGAUGCUGCGUAUGCUGGCAGUGCAUUUAUCUGUCCUGAGUUCAGGCCUCUGUUGAACGGCAUUGAGUUUGCAGAUUCCUUCAACUUCAAUCCUCAUAAAUGGCUUCUGGUCAACUUUGAUUGCUCUACAAUGUGGGUAAAGAAAAGAUCAGACAUCAUCGGAGCAUUUAAGAUGGAGCCUCUUUAUCUGAAGCAUGAUCACCAAGAGUCAGGACUUGUCACAGAUUAUAGACACUGGCAGAUCCCAUUAGGUCGCAGGUUUCGCUCGCUGAAGAUGUGGUUUGUGUUCCGGAUGUACGGACUCAAAGGUCUGCAGGCUUAUAUCCGCAAGCAUGUAGAACUGGCCAAAGAGUUUGAGGGUUUUGUGAGAGCGGAUCAACGCUUUGAGAUCUGUGCUGAUGUUGUGCUGGGUCUCGUCUGCUUUAGACUCAAGGGCUCCAAUGAAUUAAACGAAAAGCUGUUGAAGAGGAUCAACAACGCACGCAAGAUUCAUCUGGUACCAUGUCAGUUGGCGGGCACAUUUGUGUUGCGUUUUGCAAUCUGUGCCCGUACUACAGAGUCACGUCAUGUUCAGGAGGCCUGGUGUCACAUCAGUGAGCUGGCAUCAGAGCUGCUGCAGAAACUGCACCACUGAUCUCUGUGAUGGAUGUUUGAUGUUGAGUCUGCAUCACUCCUGUUAACCACACUGUCUUUGCUUCAGUCUGCUAUCAUUCAUUAUCGUAUUUAUUGCCAGUGUUUACACGUGUGAGCAUGGGUGUUUAUGUGCGGGUGUACCUGUUUUGUGAGCCUGUGACCCUUGCUGUGUUUUCCACAAACACACUGUUGUGGUGUUCUGCACUUAAAAAUGUGUCUGAAAUCUGUUUUUUAAGAUACAUGAAGACUAUCUGAAUUUCUAUUUCUCGAUUUCUGUAGCUAGAGCAUCGCAAGUCAUGUGUUCAAUUCAAACAAACACAUAUCAAAAAAUGAAAAGCUAUUUACUGUUGAAUGCUCUGCAAGUGUCUUUGGAUAAAAGUGUCUGCCAAAUGCAUAAAUGUAAAUGAAAAAUGUGUUUUCUUCUAAAUAGAGUAGGCCUAUUAAGUUUACUGCAUAACGCCUAAAAGUUGUUUCACUUUGGCUUUGCUCACUAGUUACCAAAAAAUCUAUAGGCUAAUUUCUUAUUUCUUUUCUUUUUCUAAAAACACAUCACAACUUGUGUCAGUUGUCCCCAAACUAGGGUGCACAAGAUGGUGCAAGGGCCCCGAUUUUAUGACAUUUUAUCAAAUACAUUAUCAUAAAUUAUCUGUAAUCAAACCUCAGAAAAAUAUAGCACUAUUGUAUCAUUUAA